CCGUCCGGUCGGUGCCGGUCCGGGUCGCCGGGUCCCGGGCGCGGCCAUGAGGAAGCAGAGCGUGCGCACGGCCGCGCUCAUCCUGUGCAUCCUGUCCUACCUGCUCGUGGGCGCCGCGGUCUUCGACGCGCUCGAAUCCGAAGCCGAGCGCGGCCGGCAGCAACUGCUGGCCCAGAAGCGCGGCGAGUUCCGGAGAAAGUACCGCUUCUCGGCCGAGGACGAUCGUGAGCUGGAGCGUCUGGCACGGCAGGCCGAGGUGCACCGCGCCGGCCGCCAGUGGAAGUUCGCGGGCUCCUUCUACUUCGCCAUCACCGUCAUCACCACGAUCGGGUACGGCCACGCCGCGCCAGGCACGGACUCGGGCAAGGUCUUCUGCAUGUUCUACGCGCUCCUGGGCAUCCCCCUGACGCUGGUCACCUUCCAGAGCCUGGGAGAGCGGCUGAACGCGCUGGUGCGGCGCCUCCUGCUGGCGGCCAAGCGCUGCCUGGGUCUGCAGCGCCCGCACGUCUCCACCGAGAACAUGGUAGUGGCCGGGCUGCUGGUGUGCGCCGCCACCCUGGCCCUCGGGGCGGCCACCUUUGCGCACUUCGAGGGCUGGACCUUCUUCCACGCCUACUACUACUGCUUCAUCACCCUCACCACCAUUGGCUUUGGAGACUUCGUGGCGCUGCAGAGUGACGAGGCACUGCAGAGGAAGCCGCCCUACGUGGCCUUCAGCUUCCUCUACAUUCUGCUCGGGCUCACGGUCAUCGGCGCCUUCCUCAACCUCGUGGUCCUGCGCUUCCUCGCCAGCGCCGAUGCACCUGAGCACGCUGCCCGCCCUGCCAACCCGUUCUGCCCCAGGGCGCCUAAGAGCCGCGACCUCAAUCUGCCCCGCCGCGCAGCUGGCGUCCGGGCCACCACCUGUGUCGCCCACCGCAUCCUCCAGCUGCAGCUGCUGGCUUGUGACAACCCAGGCUUCUCCCCACCUUGCAGUCCCAUACGCCGUGGCGGGGUCGACAGGCCCCACGCUCGCCGGAAGUCCAUCUGAUCUAGCGGUAGUUGGAUAGCAGCGUCUGCUUUCACCUAUGAUAAGCACCACGUGCCCCAGGUCCCGGAGAGGGUGAGGGCCUCAGGGCUGUCUCCUGGCACGAGGAUCUUCUGUGACUCAACUCCUUCCUUCCCGCCCCUCCAGCAAUAUACCCAUGCCCGAUCGUAAGCACAAGCCAGACUCUACAGUCACCCUGUACGUGCAAAUCCCUCACCCAAAGCGCAGGACAGAUGGUACAUGUGCCCCAGGAGAGGCCUCGCACAGGUGCAUGCCAGUAGCCCACUCUCAGUCAAGGGGCUGUUUCCGUUGUGAAGAGGCGGUUCUGUGUGCUACAGGGGAAACGUACAACUCUGGACUCCUCUAUGUAGGCCAGAUGCUCACACUAGAAGCGAGCAGAGAUGGGUGGAAGGGAGCUGCCCACCAUUCAUAGAGCCCGUCUCUGCAUUGUGCAAACCACCUGUCCUCAUCCAGCAUAGAAAGCAGACUUGGCUCAUGUGUGAACAACUCCCCAACUUUUUCCCUGGCUUGUCCCAAUUCCAGGUCCAGGGGGCUUUGCUGACAGUCCCCAGGACUACCUUGAGGCAGCCCAGUGCCAUGGGUCCUGCGUGUAUCACCAGCAAUGUGACCUUCAGGCUCUCAUCCUCGAUCUGGUCCACUUCCACAUCAGUAUGAUGAGUAGAGUUCCUCCAGAACCCUGCUCUCUAUGGUGCAUCUCUAGCAGGGCUUUCCUAGAACAUGCCCUCGCUCCAUAACAGAGCAUUAAUGAAGCCCACAGUUGGCCAUCUGGGCAUCCCAUAGCACUCAGCCCUUAAAACCACCAGCAUCUCAGAUAGAACUGUCUCAACACAGAGAGCAACCCAGGUUAGAAAAGCCAAAAACUUUAAUUUUCAACAUGAGCUACAUGGUCAUGAACACAAUGCAGCGUGACCCACUCCAACCCAGGGGCCCUGAAACCCUCCCUCCCUAAAGGCCCAGUGGCUCCUGCUCUGGAAAAGGACACAAGAAUGAGUGGAUAGAAGGUGGCCCUCAGCUCCAGGAGCCAGGGACUUUCCCACCACCACUCCACAGGAGGCAGUCAUGGCAUGAAAGGGCUCAAGGGUGAUACCUACGCCCAGGAUCCAGCCUCCACUCUGCCCAUGGCCACUGUGGGGAAAAUGGGUGGGGCCACCUGCUCUAGGGGCUUUCAGGGAGCUUGUGGGUGUGAACACUUUCUGCCCACUGAUGUGCAACUGCCCCUGCAAACACAGGCCCUCCCGGAGGGCAGAGGGAGCUGGUACAGAGGGGCUGGGAGAGGGCUUGGUCCUCUGGGUCUGGCACAGCACUGCUGCUCAAUAAAUAAAGGCAGGUGACCUUGCCUGAUGCAACAGCCGUGCCUCUGGAGGGAGUGGGCUCGGUGCUUUCAACACAGGGUGGCCCAGAGCUCCGAGUCAAGGAGCUGGAUAGAACAUCAGUGUGUGAAGUGCAUAACCCCCUAGCUAAAAAGUCCUGGGGUGGAAAGGACAGCUAGCGACUACUGCAGAAGCGAGUGCUGGUGCUGGCCGAGCCACUCACUUGAGGCAGGACUUUCAAAAGCACCUUCCUCCCCUGGAACCUUGGCUUCUCCCUCAUGAAAAUGGGGCUGACAGCACAGGCCUCCCUCCACUCCUUCUCUGGAGCUCUUGUGGGGUUCAAAGGGCACACUCUGAGAGAAAGCACUGCGAAACAACACUGAUAGCACUGAGAGAAACGGGGCUCGUCGCAUCCGAAGUUCAGUGAGGAUGUCUCUAGAUGCAGGCUGCUUCACACAGCUCCUACUCUUCACUCCUCGGCCCAGGCAGGAGCUGAUGCUUCACCCCUUUUCUCCAGCUGGUCCUGUGGAGGUUAUGGUCCCUAGACGGGAUCCCCCACCCCUUCCUCAGGUCCUACAUGAAAUCCUGUGCUCAGUCAGCUGGGUUGACCCAGAGAGGCCUGAGUUCCCAAGCACAAGCCUAGAAAAGACACUGGCCCGAGAGCCAAGCAGGGCUGUGUAGCCCCAUAUUUAUAGAGGCCGAAGUGAGCAUCAGGGCCAAGCUAUCCUCAAACAGUUUUUCUGCACAGGGAAGAGGCACAUGGGGCCCCAAGCUCUGCCUCCUUUGGCCACUUGCCUAGGGCUCUUGGCUGGCCCUCAGAUUUCUAACCUCUCAGAUGGGCUACAAUUUGUGCUGGCCAUAUUUUGGGGUCCUCUGGGAGGCUUCAAAGAGCGAGAAGAGGAAGAGUGGGAAGUGUAAGCCCCCUUCAUCCUGCCCUGGUGCCAGAUCAGCCCAGUGGGAAAAGGAGCCUCAGGCUCAGGGAGCUGUGAACCACCAGGUGGCUUUCCCUGUGGUGAGCCUGGCUCUUCCUGUCCAUAAAAUGGAAAUGGACUAAAGGUCCCCAAAGCCCUUUCCUUCAGUAUGGAAAGUCAUUUCGGUGAAGGAAGAUGGAGGUGGUACCCUCCCAUGGCAGGCCAGCCCAGAGACUGAAAAAAGUAUUACUCCUGGAGAUGCCAGUCCCAGAAAGGGUCCCCAGCUCCACUUUGUGCCUCCCUAAAUGGUAGAAUCUGAGUUGGCAAAAGAUCAGAGAACCAAGGGGAGAGGCCAGACUAAAGUUUCCCCAAAGCUAAUGACUAUAAUCAUUCCCCCUCCCCAAGCUCCCUCCCAGUGAGGACAGACAGUGGUUCCCACACCCAGUGGGCACAGCCCCUUCUAGGGGGGGCACGUGCUCACAAAGAUGAUACAAAUAAAAAGGGCUCUAGCCCCCACCCCACCCCUCCAGGAGGUGAGCGAAAUUUCACAGAACAAACAAGAAAGUCAUUGAGGGGGCCUUAAAGACCACCCCCAGGGUGUUGUUAUUAUUGCUUUGGAGCGAUCUCUCUCUCUCUCUCUCUCUCUCUCUCUCUCUCUCUCUCUCUCUCUCUCUCAUCUCUCUCUUUUCUCUGUGUCUCUAACCUGAGCAAACAACGGAGAGAAGGCUCAGGCUGCAAGGACAAGUGGGUGCUGAGCCCCUACUCCUCUGGUUGGGAGAGCCAGGCCCUGCCCGGACUUUGAAAAGUGACCCCUGAACAAUACAGCAGUGUCAGGCAGCUGGAGAGAGAAGCCACUCUCCUGCUGACUCAAAACAUCCCAGAUAGCAAGUAAUAAAUGAACAGCAGAGAAAUCACACUGGUUAA